CACACAACAGUUACAAUGUGAAACAUGAGCGUCAAGUGUGUGUGUGGAGGAGGAAUGACUGUGUGGUACAUUGUGAAUACGAGAGAACAGAUAGCCGAGUGUGUUGUAGACUAAAGCAAGGAGAGUAACCGAUCUGAAAGAGCUUCCAUUAUUUUUCCUUUGGGUUUUUUUCUGGACUGUGCAGCCUGAGAGGAACAGCCAGCUAUUGUAUGAGAACAACCUCAAUACUUUUGUAGAGUAUUGUUCAGUUUUGCACAGUUCUAUCCUGACAGAAAACAAUGACACUCCUGAAUUUUGGGUAUGCUGCAACUCUGUGAAGCGAAGUGAAGGGACUACAACUGUGCGCAUAACUGUUUUCCCCCCCAAAGAUGAAGGGUUAGCGGCGGACUAUCAAAUCAUGGAUUGGGCUUUUGAUCAAAUACCCUUUCAGAGCCUAUAAAGAGGUUCAGGAGCAACGGUAAACUUACAAAGAAACUGAAAAUCUCAAGGAAACUUAUUAUGGUCGGCUAAAAGCGGGCGUCGAUAACAUUUUUCAGGUAACGCUAUUGAUCCUGGUUAAGAUGAGCGUUUCCAAGCCAGGUGAGAGCGUCACUGAUGUGAAGAAGAGAAAGACAAGUAUGAGACUCCCUCUUCAAAGUACAGGAGACUACAAUGGGAACGCCUUUCCGGUUUUUUCCUCGUCUUCGUCGUCUUCCUCCUGCCUGGGAGAGUCUCCGGAGUCUGUGCGCAGUCGCAGCAGCAUCAACAGUGGCUGUGCUGUCAGUCCACACAACAAUGGCUCGCUCCAAGUCACCCUGGCAACGACUCUAAUGACCAAAACGGAAGGAAUUGUCGAGGAUGCACUCCAACACUCACUGAACAGAAGCCAGUUUGCAGAAAAUGAUAUUUCAUUUGAGAAAAUGCAAACAGCAACUGAUCUGUCAGAUUCUAACGACAACUCUAUAUCUGUUUACCUUGAUGCUAGCGCUCAUGAACACCAAGAAACCUGGCAGGACUAUGGCAGCUUUGCACUGUCCCUGGCUCUGACAUCCAGUACAGUUGGUUGUAAUCAUAACAACAGACUUGGCUCAUCAACUCCAGACUCGGAGGCAACAGAAAUCCUUGCAGAUUAUGACGACGACGACUGUGAAGAUGAAGCCUUGUUUUUGUCAUUGAACUCGGAAACUGGUGCGCAGAGAACCAUUGUAACUCUCACAGACACGUCCAAGCCAAGCCUCUUCAGCAGAGGGAACUUGGCACAGACGCCACCCACUGAAGCUAUGAGCGUAGAUCAUACCCCGGUAUCAGGGAUGUUGUUACCAGACAAACAGGAUACACUUCACAUAACAUCUGAGGACAGUGGAACCAGCUGCAAAUCAUGUCUUACUCCCUCUGCAAUAUGUCCUGUCCAAGACGCCAAGGACUUUGCCCCGUUAUCAAACAUAGCUGAAAAUCUUGUGAUGGCCCCAAAACUCCUCUGUUGCCACCAAGGCAGUACAAACCCCAAGACAACCACUUUGGAAAUUUCAAAUCAUGUGGAAAAGAGGCUUCCUAAACGGGACUUUAAAAACAUCAAGGCUAAAAUUGACUCACAGCCCACCCAUUCCCCAUUGAAAACAAUUGGACAGAGUAAAUCCGUUUCAACAUUCGGAAGAAAAAUGCUUCCCAGGAAGGAUGAGGUGGAAGUUUGUAAUGGAGAUAAAAGAUCCGCCGGUACUGUCAGAGUGGCCGCGGGGUUGAAACCCAUCCAAGGACUUUGCGCUAACGUCAAAAGCAGCCACAAGACAAUGCUCAGGGAUUCCACAAAGUCAAAAAGGCAGAGCGGGACCAUCCGUAGAAUUCCUUCGGACUACCCCAGUGUUUUGGACUCACAGGUGACUGAGAAAAAACACAGCCCCAGACCCGGAAAGGACGCUCAGGAGGUGUCUGAUAAUCAUGAAGUAAAUGUAGAGUCGACACAUACAAAGGAGUUACCUGGUGAAAAAUGUGUGGUUCAAACUCCACCGGCCGCCGGCAACGCGGAUAAACCAGGCAACCAUACUUUGAACGUCUCCAAGCUGGGACCCGUUGCAAGACAGCAGGGGCAAAGCACGCGAGGGGUUAGGGUGCCGCCUCCAGCCACCAGACCUCCAGAUCCAGAUGGCCUUGGGUCCCGGCAAGCUUUAACGGAUGGACCCGUGGGGAGAGAAGUCGGACGUAGUGCCGGAGAUGGAUCUCCGAUGCGAGUGAAACACUUUCAAAGCCCGGCUCUUUCAAAACCCCGAAAUGCCACACCAAGCCCUUCAAAUCCCAACUCGAAAUCAAGAGUCAGUCCGCAGCCACCAGGUGCACGACCAGCGUCAAAACUUCCUGUAAAAGGAGUUCUCCCAAGCCUGAGUUCCUCCUUGAUGGGAUGCAAAGAGAACAACAAGUCCACGUGCAAAGCUUCUCUGACAUCCACAUGUAGCCCGGUUUCAACAGAGGAGAGGCCCGGCAGAUGCAGUGCUCCUGCGACCAGCAGCCUGUCUGGGCCUACUUCCUGUAACACUGGCAUCAACUUGAACAACAUUGCUGCCUCAAAGGCCCCUGCGUUGAGAAACCGGGCACUGUCAACGCAAUCGAAAACAGCUUCAGGUGUGAAGAUCCCCUCAGUCAACAAUUACAACGGGACUAAGGCAGUAACGUCCAACGGAACGACAGAAAAGAUUCCUUCCACUGUCCGCCAGGAGCUGACAAAGCAGACAUCCAGUCCUUUGCAAAGAAGUGGCUCUGCAAGACUCGGCCGAAUUCACGGGACAGUUGACAAAAAGCCCCGGGAUGUACCAGCAAGAUACACAGCAGCAGGAAAAAACAACCAGAACAAGCAGACUCCACCGCCAGAUCUGGUACCGGUUACGCCAGUGGCUGUCUCAGAUUCCACCAACACUGAGUUAGGUACCGCAGCACCCACUGUUCUUGGAUGUAAAAUAAGAACGGGGUCCAGGGGGAGCCCCAAACAUGGAGCCCGUUCACAAAGCACACCCAAGCCUGGUGUGGCCGGAGCUAUGUUGGCUAAACAGGAUCUUAUCAAGGAAGAUGUGGAUAAGAAGCAGUCCAUAAGUUUUCGGAAAGUGCUCCUCCAAGCCAAUAAGGGAGUGGAGGCUCUCGCUACGGUCAUUCAACACCUUUUCCUUGAGCGUGAGGAGGUUUUAAAGGAGAAGAAGGAUUUAUCGAAAGCACUGGAAAGCCUCAGAAGCGAGCUAGUGGCAUCGUCUCAGUGCUGUGAGCGUUUGCACAAGGAGAAGGAAGAGGUGCGCGUCAAUUUGGAGGAGGCCUUGAAGGAGCUCGACCAGAGUCACAAGGAAGAACUGGUGCAACUGGAGGACAGAUUGAGGAGUUUUUACCAAACGGAGUGGGACAAGGUCCAUAAAACGUACCAGGAGGAGGCCGACAAAUACCGCAUGUUGAUGGAGCAACAGGUGGAAGAGCUGAGGACCAGACAUGAAGCUGAGAGGAAGACCCAGGAAACAAGACAUAGUCAAACAAUAGAGUCGAUCAAACAACAGCAUGAGACCUCCGUGCAAGAGUUCAAAGACAUUGAGAAAACCAACCGGGAGAACCUGGAGAAAACACUAAAGAAAACAGAAACUACUCUUUCUGACAAAGUAAAUCUGCUGUCAGCAGAGAAUGAGGCCCUGAAUGAGAAGCUAAAAACCGAGACGGACAGGAGGCGGCGGAUACUCACUGACAAGAAUCUGAGGGACUCCCACACCGUUUACCUGGAGCAAGAGCUGGAAAGCCUGAAGGUGGUGCUGGAGUUGAAGAAUAGUCAGCUGCAUCAGAAAGAAAAGAAGCUGAUGGAGAUGCACAAACUGGUUGAGACAAAUGUGAAAAUGGAGGAGUGUUUGAGAAAGGUUCAACAGGAGAACGAGGACUAUAGAGCCAGGAUGGACAAACAUGCCGCUCUCUCCAAGCAGCUGUCCAGCGAGCAGGCCAAGCUCCAGCAGACGCUGCAGAAAGAAUCCAAGGUCAACAAGCGUCUGUCCAUGGAGAACGAGGAGCUGCUGUGGAAGCUGCACAACGGCGAUCUGCUGGCGAGCCCACGCCGACUCUCCCCCACCUCUCCCUGCGGCUCGCCGCAGAGCUCCGCUUCCUUCGCUGCAGCUGCUCCCUUAUCUCCCAGAUAAUGGCCUCCGUACGCCUUCCUUCUUUUGAAAGGAAGAGUUGUUUUGAAAGCGGAGACGCGGAAGACGCGAGACCACGUGAGCGUCUGACUAUCAACACCACGGACUUCUUUUUCCUGGAGAAAAACAAUCACACCUCAGGGUCUGUAUAUAAAACAUCCCUCUUGUUUUGUCCGUCCUUACCUUUUUGUCUUCUUGUUAUGUACACACAUUGAGGUCUCCGGUUAUUUCUUGUGUUACCAUUCAUUCCAAAGACAAACGAACUUUGUGGUAUCUGUUCUUGGUUUGUGGUUUGCUUGAGUUGGUAAACUGCAAAAUGUCGGUGGAUUUACAUGGAACGUUACACUAUAUUGGCAAAAGUAUUUGGUCACCUGCCUUAACUCAACAUAUGAGCUUGAAGUGCCAUCCCGUUCCUAACCCGUAGGGUUCAAUAUAACAUCGGUCCACCUUUAUGCAGCUAUUACAGCUUCAACUCUUCUGGGAAGGCUGUCCACAAGGUUGCGGAGUUUGUUCAUUGGAAUUUUCCACCAUUCUUCCAAAAGCGCAUUGGUGAGGUCACACACUGAUGUUGGUCGAGAAGUCUCCCUUCUAAUUCAUCCUAAAGUUGUUCUAUCGGGUUCAGGUCAGGACUCUGUGCAGGCCAGUCAAGUUCAUCCACACCAGACUAUGUCAUCCAUGUCUUUACGGACCUUGCUUUGUGCACUGGUGCACAGUCAUGGUACAUUUUAAAUGGGUUAUACUUGUAUAGCGCUUUUCUACCUUUUUAAGGAACUCAAAGCGCUUUGACACUAUUCACCCAUUCACACACACAUUCACACACUGAUGGCGGGAGCUGCCAUGCAAGGCGCUAACCAGGACCCAUCAGGAGCAAGUGUGAAGUGUCUUGCUCGAGGACACGAAGGACGUGACUAGCAUGGUAGACGGUGGGGAUUGAACCAGGAACCCUCAGGUUGCUGGCACAGCCACUUUCCCAACCACGCCACACCGUCCCCACAAUGUUGGGAGCAUGAAAUUGUCCAAAAUGUUUUGGUAUCCUGGAGCAUUCAAAGUUCCUUUCACUGAAACUAAGGAGCCAAGCCCAACUCCUGACAAACAACCUCACGCCAUAAAUCCUCCUCCACCAAAUUUCACACUCAGCACAAUGCAGUCCCAAAUGUACCGUUCUCCUGGCAACCUCCAAACCCAGGCCCGUCCAUCAGAAAAUCAUGAAUCUUCACUCCAGAGAAGGCGUCUCCACUUCAUUGGACUUCGUGAUGUAUGCUUACAUGCUUAGACCCAUUCCAAGUCCAGUACGUACGGUACUCUGUGUACUGUACGUGGGUUAAUUGGAAGGUCACAUGAAGUUUGGGGCUCUGUAGCAACUGACUGUGCAGAAAGUAUUUGCACGAUGCGCUUCAGCAUCCGCUGACCCCUCUGUCAGUUUACAUGGCCUGCCACUUUGGUGGCUGAGUUGCUGUUGUUCCCAAAAUCUUCCAUUUUCUCGUAACAAAGCCGACAGUUGACUUUGGAAUAUUUAGGAGCGAGGACAUUUCACGACUGGAUUUGUUGCACAGGCGGCACCCUAUGACAGUUCCAUGCUGGAAAUCACACUGAGUCACCGGGCCAAGUGAUUAGGACACCUGAUUCUGAUCAUUUAAAUUGGUGGCCGAAUACUUUUGGCAAUAUAUAGUGUAUGUUUCUUUCCUCCCAAAGAGCGAAGCUCAAUCAAUCACGCGCCUGAAGAAGUGAACGAACUUCACAUGCAGUUUGCUGCAUACACCCGAACUAUGGACUUGGACCUGGUCCUACAGACGUUCUGUGUUUCGCUCCUUCCAACCUUACUUUACUCUGUGGAAUGUAGUCUUAUCCAGGCCAGAGCCGUACAAAUGGCAAUAAUCAAUACCAUGUAAAGUCGCCUGGAGUCCGCAAAACUUCAUUCAGAGACAAUGGCCAUGUUGCUCAAAAACCUCAAGUGUAUCCAGAAUGCCUCAGCGAGUUCCUUUAUUUUUACAAAAUAGGAUAAAUAUAGUACAAUACCA